AUGGCUACCGUCGCCUCGGUAGAGGACGCCGUACCGCAUGCGCACGCCGCUGUGCCGGGUGCUGACAUCGUGGCAUUGCAUGUCACGUGCGGCCCCACUGUUCUGGCGCUCUUCCUCUAUCGGCGGCUGCCAGCGCGCUCGUUGGCGGAGCAGUGGCGCUGCCUUGUGGCGGAACCGAGUCUCUUGGCAGAGAAGCCGCGCGGCUACCAGAGAGUCGUCUUGGCACUGCACGUUCGGACAGACGCCGUGUCGCUUGGGUUCGCCGCUGCCGCCGCGAAGGCGUACGAGGUGGUGGAGCGCUUGCACCUCCAGCAGCUGACUGCCGCCGAUGUGCAGGAAGUAUUGCAGAGCUGCGCGCACGACGCGGGCUCAGGAGACUGCGUUAGCGACACGAUUGCUGGCGCGUGCAUCGCCCAGCACCUGAUCCGCCAAAUCAGUGCUCUCGGGGGGAGCAAACACAACAGGCACGAUGAGGUGGGAGACUUUCCCGGCUGCUUUUCAAACCUGUUGUUCUCCCUCCUCGCCCCUUACCCCGGUUACGCCAUCCAGAUGCCGGAGGUGCCGUUUUUUUUUUUCGACCGCACCAUUGUGGAGAAAGUGCGGUGA